AACAGUUUGGCGCAGAGUCGUGCUGAAGAAAGAGCUGGCAUCAUUGUGGUUACGUAUUUCCUGGGGCUAAUCUCAGUGUCAAAUGCGCUCGGACGUUAGAGAGUUAAUCUCAGGGGAGAGGAGGGAGGAACUUCCAGUGUUUGGGGCAGGGCAGCGGUCCUUCCAAGGGUGGCCACCAGAGGGAGCAGCUGGACCUGCUCUGGCCCCUUCAAGCCUUGGGGACAGCACCCACCACACCCUCCGGGAGCCUGGGGAGGAGGCUGGCUGGGAGUGGCCAGGACGUCCCCUCAGACCCAGAAGCUUUUCCUCCCACCUCCUCCUCCUCUCUGCAGAGCCAUCCAGUCCCCACCCGAGUGACAAGCUGGGCAAUCUGGGGAGAGGGCUGGCUGGGAGUGGCCAGGAUGGCCUCAGCCCUGGGCGGCCCCGCCUCCUGCCAAAGAGCCAUUCAGUCCCUUCCCCGGGGCUGCUCUUCCUAUGGCCUCUGACCCCUCCUCCUUCUUACUCCACUCUGCCUGGCACACCCUGGGCCCAGCACGUCCCUUUCCCAAAUCUUCAGGGAGAAGGGGCGUGGGAGGAGGCAGAGAGUACUGGGCUCUGGAAAGAGGGGGGAGGGAGCUGAGAAAUAGACACCAGGCAAAGGGACACACACACACACACACACACACACACACACACACACCGACAGAGACCUAAAGAGACAGAGACAGGGAAAACAGAAACAAAGAUAGACAGAAAUAGGGACCAAGAUUGGGGGGGCGGUGCAGACUAACAGAGAGGGAGAGGCAGCAAGACAGGGAAAGAGAAAGAAAAUCAGGCACCAAAGAGGUAGAGGGAGAAGGGCAGGCUGUGAGAUCCUGGGAGCCAGGUCCCAGCUCCCUGUGGCGGAUCCAGGGCCACUGGGCACAGGAGAUGUAGGAGCCCCGGCAAAACUGGGUCCAAGAUAAGUGGAGGAGGGGCCCUAAGUCUGGGACAGGGGGCAUGGCAGGGACAGGGCCUCUGCUGCUGCAGCUGCUGCUCCUGGCUGGGGCUGGGGUGGGGGUGGCCUGGAGACCCCCAAAGGGAAAAUGUCCUCUACGCUGCUCCUGCUCCAAGGACAGCGCCCUGUGUGAGGGCUCCCUGGACCUGCCUGAGAGCUUCUCCCCGACGCUGCUGUCACUGUGAGUGUCAGGCCCUCUGUGGGCCUGAAGCUCACUUGUCAGGACUGGAGUUACCCAGCUGAAGGCCAGCAGCUUUUUGAGAAUGCCAUCCCUGCACCUUCUUCUCUUCACGUCCAACUCCUUCUCCGUGAUCGAGGAUGAUGCGUUUGCCGGCCUGUCCCACCUGCAGUACCUCUUCAUUGAGGACAACAAGAUUGGCUCCAUCUCUAAGAACGCUCUCAGAGGACUUCGCUCGCUCACACACCUGUGCGUGCCUCCAGUGCCCCACCCCACCCAACAGAAGCCUGGCCAAUAACCACCUGGAGGUCCUCCCCAGGUUCCUGUUCCGAGGCCUGGAGACCCUGACUCACGUGGACCUCCGUGGGAACCCGUUCCAGUGUGACUGCCGUGUCCUCUGGCUGCUGCAGUGGAUGGCCACCGUGAAUGCCAGCGUGGGGACCGGGGACUGCGCGGGCCCCACCGCCCUGACCCACAUGCAGCUCCGACACCUGGACGCCAAGACAUUCAAGUGCAGAGGAAUAGAGCUGACCUGGUUCCAGACAGUCCAGGAGUCAGCGCUGGGUGUGGAGCCCUUCUCCUACCAGGGGGAGCCCUACAUCAUCCUGGCACAGCCCUUUGCAGGACAAUGCCUGAUCCUUGCCUGGGACUACAGCCUGCAGCGCUUCCGGCCCGAGGAGGAGCUGUCAGCGCCCUCGGUGGUGUCCUGCAAGCCGCUGGUGCUGGGCCUGCGUCUCUUCGUGCUGGCCGCCCGCCUGUGGGGAGGUUCACAGCUGUGGGCAAGGCCCAGCCCCGACCUGCGCCUGGCCCCGCUACAGGCCCUGGCCCCACGGCGGCUGCUGAGGCCCAAUGACGCCGAGAUCCUGUGGCUGGACGAGCAGCCGUGCUUCGUGGUGGCCGAUGCCUCCAAGGCAGGCAGCACCACACUGCUCUGUCGAGAUGGGCCUGGCUUCUACCCCCGCCAGAGCCUGCAUGCCUGGCACCGGGACACGGAUGCCGAGGUCCUGGAGCUGGACGGCCACCCCCACCUGCUGCUGGCCUCUGCCUCCCAGCGCCCAGUUCUCUUUCACUGGGUUGGUGGCCGCUUUGAGAGGCGUACAGACAUCCCUGAGGCUGAGGACGUCUAUGCCACACACCACUUCCAGGCUGGUGGGGAUGUGUUCCUGUGCCUGACACGCUACAUCGGGGACUCCAUGGUCAUGCGCUGGGAGGGGUCCAUGUUCCGCCUGCUGCAGAAACUUCCCUCACGCGGCGCCCACGUAUUCCAGCCGCUGCUCAUCGCCAGGGACCAGCUGGCCGUCCUGGGGAGCGACUUUGCCUUCAGCCAGGUCUUUCGCCUUGAGUCAGACAAGGAGCUCCUGGAGCCGCUGCAGGAGCUGGGGCCCCCGACCUUGGUGGCCCCCCGCGCCUUUGCCCACAUCACCUUGGCUGGUAGACGCUUUCUGUUUGCAGCUUGCUUCAAGGGUCCCACACAGAUCUACCAGCAUCACGAGUUGGACCUCAGUGCCUGAGACUGGACAGGACGUUGGACUCGGCUGGGGGCCAGCAUAGGGAGUCUCAGGCAUCUGGAUGCCCUCUUAGCUGGCCUCCUGGCCCCAGCCAGUCCUGUGAGAUACUGACCACAGGCCAAGUUCACCAGCCACAGGUCCAGACUCUAGUCCACCUCUUGGAGGACCUGGGCUAGCUGGGGUAGAUGGAAGGUCACAGCUACUGGACCUUAUGAGCCGACCUUCCAGUGUGGCACAGCAUCCCAAGUGACUUGGGAGCUCAGGCUGAGGCCUCAGCGAGCACAAAUACAGAAAUCAAAGGGGUGCAUAGCUCUGGCCAUACCUGGAGGUUAUCCGCUAGAUAUCUUCCCACCUACCUGUUCCCUAUGAAAGUUGAGGUGAGAGCAUAUCUUUCCCCUCCAAACUCAGUCUGACCAAUCGCAAUCAUGGAGAAGUGCCCGCCUCCAUUACGUCACAGUCGCUGGGCAGUUUUUCCUGCCAGAUCCAGUAAUUCCCUCUGCAGCUUGUGCGCAUGUCUAUUGCCAGAAGCGAUUCCCGCAUCUCCUCCCUCUUUCGCAGGUGCGGGCAUGGGUGGCCGGUGAGAAAGGCGGGAAUUGAGAGGUGUCUCGUGAAGCUCCCGGUACCCCUCCCUGAAGGACGCCAGGGCCAAAGACAGAUGAACUCAAUAAAUGCACUGUGCCCCCGCCCAGCCAGUUGCUGUGGGACCCUUGGGAGAGGGAAUUUUGUGAAUGGCGUGGGAUGAAGCAGGUGUUUGGCACCUCCCGGUGAGACACCGUGGGGGCUCUAAGGACUGUGGGCUCAGGAUUAUGGGUGGGUGGGGUGCUUGUGAGAUCUUGGAGGGUCAAGGAGUGAUUAGGGGACAAGUCACAAGUUUAUCGUGGAUCUCUUUUUUGAGGUCCUGUCUUAAGGGCAUUAUAGGAGAUAUUUUGGGUGUUUUGGAAACUUUAUGAGGUAGCUCAUGGGAACAUUUUGGGUCCCUUAUUGGCUAUUGGGGAGUCGCAAAGGAAUUUGAGGCUCAGUAGAGAAUCUCACAGUGUGGCCACUGUGUAUUAGGGUAGUGUGAGAUGUCUCACAGGGACAUCCGGGUACUCGAAAGGACUCAAUAAAGUGGAGUCUCAGGGUGA